AUUUUCUGGGGGCACGUGUCAUCGACUAGGACACAAAGAUGGCGGCCUCCUUGCGGCUCGGACGUCCGGGGAUAAUAAUUGGGCUGAGAUUACUUAAAGUACAAAAUGCAUCCAGGAUACAGCAGUUGUGCCGAAGCAAUUUAAGGCAUUUUUUCUUGUCCCCAUCAUUCCUGGGGGCACCACCUAUUAGGCUGCAAAUGCCCGCGCUUUCCCCCACCAUGGAAGAGGGUAAUAUCAUCAAGUGGCUGAAAAAGGAAGGUGAACCUGUGACAGCAGGAGAUGCGUUGUGUGAGAUCGAGACCGACAAGGCGUUCAUCACCAUGGAAUCCAACGACGAUGGUGUGCUGGCCAAGAUUUUGAUAGGUGAGGGGAGCCGGGGGGUGCGACUGGGCACUCUGAUCGCCCUGAUGGUGGAGGAAGGCCAGGACUGGAAGCAGGUAGAGAUCCCUGCUGCUGAGGCUGCCACCCCCUCGCCCCCGGCACCCGGCCCUGCCCCUGCCCCCGCUGCUCUGCCCCUACAUCCAGCCCCGCGGCCACCCCCCGCUGCAAAGUCUUCUGGACCGCCGCGUCUGAGCCCGGCUGCACGGCACAUCUUGGACACGCAUGGCCUGGACCCUCAGAUGGCCACGCCCACCGGACCCCGGGGUCUUAUCACCAAGGAAGAUGCUCUGAACCUGCUGAAAAAGGGAGAUCCCAAGGGCCCUGAGGUGACCAGCACGGCCCCGGCAACAGCACCCCCCUCACACCUUCCCCCAGUUUCCGGAAGACCUGCAUACCCUCCAGUCUCUGUACCCGGAAAGCCAGGAGCCCCGGGUACCUUCACGGAGAUCCCGGCCUCUAACGUGCGCCGUGUCAUCGCCCAGAGGCUCACCCAAUCAAAGACGACCAUCCCUCACGCCUACGCCAUGGUCGACUGUGACCUCGGCGCCGUCAUGCAGCUGCGGAAAGACCUUGCCAAAGCGGAUGUCAAGGUUUCUGUGAAUGAUUUUAUCAUCAAGGCUGUAGCAGUUACUUUAAAGGAACUCCCAGAGGUCAACGUGACCUGGGCGGCUGACGGGCCUCAGCCACUGGACUCCAUCCAUAUCUCCAUUGCCGUGGCGACGGACCGAGGCCUCAUCACGCCUAUCAUCAGGGAUGCUGCCGACAAGGGAGUUCAGGAGAUUGCAGCCGAUGCCAAGGCGCUGGCCCAAAAGGCUCGGGAGGGAAAGCUGCUUCCUGAAGAAUACCAGGGUGGUUCCUUUAGCAUCUCCAACCUGGGCAUGUUCGGCAUCAGCGCCUUCAGCGCGGUCAUCAACCCACCCCAGGCCUGCAUCCUUGCCGUUGGCCAAUCGCGGACUGAGCUGCGGCCAGCAGAGGCGGGACCCGGCGACAGGGGGACCAACGGCACGCCCGGACUCUGCAGGCAGCAGCUGAUGACAGUGACGCUCUCCAGCGACGGGAGGCUGGUGGAUGACGAGCUGGCCUCCCGAUUCCUGGACAAGUUCCGGUCCAACCUGGAGAAGCCACAACGCAUGGCCCUCGUGUAGGGAGGGGGCGAGGGAGGGGCCUUGGGGGGGGGGGUGAGGUGUUAAUACGUAGAGCAAGGCAGUGGGGAGUCACUUCCAGAAUGUUACACAAGAUCACAUGGAGAAUCUGAUUUGCUAUUUAAGCUCAGCUCCAUAACACCAGUUACCCUUUUGACUGAGCUUUGACCGUUCAGCUCCCGUCCUCUCUUUGCUGUUCUCUCUGGCUUAUUUUGGCACUUUAAGUCUUCUCCCUAAAUACCAUAUGAUCAUUUUUCAAGGUCAAGUUUUUUUUUGUUAAAUACUGUAAUCACCCCCACAAAGUAUUAUCUGGAAGACUUUAAUAAGGUUACAGCAUGAGAGGGAAUUUGUGUGCUAGUAUAUUAAAAAUAUGAUAUGGCUCCAUUCUGAGACACUGGCUUAUUUAUUGAAGUCCAAAUGUGUGGCAGUUACAAGGCCCUGUCAACAAUAAAGGGAUAGAGAAAUGGA